AUGCCGAAAUACUACUACGGAAGAAGAAAUCCUGUGGAAGAACAGGAAUCGUUCGAGCACAGAUAUAAUCCUCUCUCAACAAAAAUGCUGCUGUAUUCAACGGUAAUGAGCUGUACAUGUUCAUUUUUUUUUGGUUUCCAUACCACAUCAAUGGAAAUACUGAAAUCGCUAUUUUUUGGAGAAGGAGAAACUGCGCCUUUCAAGAUAGACGAAAACAUGUGGGGAAUGCUAUCGUCCAUAAUAUUUUUAGGCGCUAUCAUGGGAAACAUAUUCAUUGGAUUUCUGAACAUCAAUCCCAAGAUGUGCAUGCUCAUCAAUGUUUUUAUAUUUUUUAUCGGACAUAUUCUGAUCAUGGAAACACUAAAUUACUAUGUGAUGGUUUGUGGUCGGUUGGUAAUUGGCAUAGCGUGUGGCACGAGCUGUGCUACUGUGCCAGGCUAUCUCAGCUAUCUUGCGUCCAGGCAUCAGCGCGGUAUGGUUGGCUCGGCUCACCAGCUCUUCAUCGUUAUAGGUAUUCUUGUUGGGCAGCUGUUUUCGUACUUUGUUGAGGACCAUCGGCUGAUAAAGAUAUUUUACCGCGGCUUUAUCCUAUUUUACAUAAUCGCUCUUGUCCUUCUGACGGCAAUCAAGAACGUGAGACGAGUGACGACCGGUCAGUCGAAAAGCGUAUUGGAUCUUUUGAAAUGCAGAGAGGCAAGAAAGUCUUUAACAAUAGAUAUAGCGUUUCACAUGGGACAGCAAGCCAGUGGGAUAAAUGCUAUGAUACUGUUCAGUAAUGACAUUUUGAAAAAAGCUAUGAGCGAUCAAAAACUAGGUACUAUUUCGUUGGGUGUUUGUUCCAUUAUUUUUACGGUCGUUUCGAUGUGUGUUGUCGACCGUUUUGGGCGCAAACCUAUGGUACUCACCUCCACGUUUCUCGUCCUAAUCGCCUUGCUCAUGUUAACAAUUAAUAGAUGCGUUCUGCCAUCCCUUUAUAUUUUCAUUAUUGGGUAUGCUUUGGGUCUUGGGCCAAUUGCGUGGUUUAUCAUUAACGAAAUCUUUAGAGAUGAGUACAAGAGAGCAGCAAAUACUCUUUCCAUGACGGUUAACUGGGUUACUGCGUUUACAGUGACUUUUUCAUUUUCGUACCUGAUCAGUUAUAUGGGAAAUUUGUGCUUUCUAAUUUAUUUUACGCUAAUGGUAAUUUUCUUCUUUAUUGUGCUUCUUUCUUUCACAGAAACGAAAGGAAGACGAUCAGAGUUCCAGUGAUACAACUAAAUUUGUUGGCAUAGGAGAAUAGUCC